AUGUCGCCCAAUUCUUCCGCGUUUUCUCCUUCUCGCGCAGUUUUUGGAAGGACCUUAUCUACUCGUCGCAGCCUCGCCCUCAAGGCCCUCUCGCUCGUGAGCUUUCCGGGAUCGUCAACCAUUACUCUGCUAGCAAAUCCCGGAGACACUGGCGGAGAUAUCGGCGGAGAUACCGGCAGUGGCGGCGAAAUUGGGGGAGGGGGCGAUGCGGGGGAAGGCGGAGAGCCUGGCGGACCUGGCGGAGACGUCGGCGGCGAUCAGGGCGGUCCUGAGGGCCCCCCUGGUGGCGACAACGGGGAUACCGCCAGUGGCGGAGAUCCCGGCAGUGGCGGUGACGUUGGGGGAGGCGAGGACGGCCCGCCACUGAUCGGCGCUGGCGGAAAGGGAGGAAAGGGCGGAAAGGGAGGGAAAGGUGGAAAGGGCGGAAAGGGAGGAAAGGGCGGAAAGGGAGGGAAAGGGGGCAAGGGGGGAAAGGGAGGGAAACCUGGUAACCAGCAGGGUGGAGCUGGCGGAGAGCAGGGGGAAGCUGGCGGAGAGCAAGGGGGAGCUGGCGGAGAGCAGGGGGGAUCUGGCGGACAGCAGGGAGGAUCUGGUGGAGAGCAGGGCGGGGCUGUUGAGGAGCAGGGGGGGUCAGGGGGGGCGGAUGGUAGCCAGACUGGGGGCAUAACGAGCACCGGAAAGGGCGGAAAGGGAGGAAAGGCUGGGAAGGGCGGAAAGGGUGGGAAAGGAGGGAAAGGGAGCAAGGGGGGAAAGGGAGGGAAACCUGGUAACCAGCAGGGCGGGCCUGGCGGAGAGCAAGGUGGGGCUGGCGGAGAGCAGGGGGGAUCCGGCGGAGACCAGGGGGAACCCGGCGGAGAGCAGGGGGAAUCUGGUGGAGGGGCUGGCGGGGAGCAGGGUGGGGCGGAUGGUAGCCAGACUGGGGGCACAACGAGCACCGGAAAGGGCGGAAAGGCUGGGAAGGGCGGAAAGGGUGGGAAAGGAGGGAAAGGGGGCAAGGCCUGCGUCGCCUUCCUAUUGGCCUCUCUGGUUCUUCUAUGGGACGGCCUUGUUGCUUCCCUCCUCGUCCCUCUCCUCCGCCACCUCUCCACCUCAUCCCAGCACCUAGCGGAACAGCAGCGCUUUUACCCUCAUACCCACUCUCACAACCACUCUCACUACAGUCACAUCCCUUCUGCUGUAAACACCUCUUUCGGACCUUCCUCUCCUGUCGUCGCCCUCUCUAGAGCAACGGGUGCUGCAGCGUCCCUUGCAGCACAGCAAGCGUCCCAUGCAGCACAGCAAGCCGUCCAAGCAGCAGAGCCACACCCCACUGCCCCAGCAGAGCCAGCAACGUCCGCCACUCCUGCUGCGACCUCUUCCUCCCUGCAUCUUCUACAGCCUGUGCUGCCAGGUGUCAACAUGCCAUUGGCCGAUCUCGGGUACCUCUUUAUAGCCACGCUUAUCAGCCUGGCGUGGCAUGAGGCAGGGCACGCCGUAGCUGCUGCCGUGGGAGUAGAGGGAGUGCGAGUGCAGCACGUGGCAUGCUUCCUCCUCGCUCUGCUGCUCCCCGGAGCACACGUGGCCUUCCAUCCCGCCGACUUCCACGCCCUGCCUCCCUUUCGCUUGCUGCGAAUCCUCUCAGCCGGCAUAUGGCACAACAUGGUGGUGAGUGCUGGCAUAUGGCACAACAUGGUGGUGAGUGCUGGCAUAUGGCACAACAUGGUGGUGAGUGCUGGCAUAUGGCACAACAUGGUGGUGAGUGCUGGCAUAUGGCACAACAUGGUGGUGAGUGCUGGCAUAUGGCACAACAUGGUGGUGAGUGCUGGCAUAUGGCACAACAUGGUGGUGAGUGCUGGCAUAUGGCACAACAUGGUGGUGAGUGCUGGCAUAUGGCACAACAUGGUGGUGAGUGCUGGCAUAUGGCACAACAUGGUGGUGAGUGCUGGCAUAUGGCACAACAUGGUGGUGAGUGCUGACAUAUGGCACAACAUGGUGGUGAGUGCUGGCAUAUGGCACAACAUGGUGGUGAGUGCUGGCAUAUGGCACAUCCAAGCACUGCUCUUCUUCCUCUCUACUCCCAGUCGCCCCCCAGGCCUUAAGGUUACAUCUGUGCAUCCGCUCUCCCCUCUCUUCAGUCACAUUCGCCCAGGAGACUCCUUACUAGUACUUGACCACACUCCGCUUUCCUCUCCUGCCGACUACACUCACCUCCUCUCCCAUCUCUCCCACCUCUCCCACCUCUCCUACCCUCUGCCUCCUUCGAUCCCUCCCUCGCCUCCUUCCCAUGGGUAUUGCAUUUCCCUCUCGGCCAAUCACAAGCUGCCACCUGGAUUCCUGACUCCUCCAGCCUUUCCAGCCAAUGCUGGCGAUGCGGAACCUUCCUUGCCGAUUCCUGGCAGUGAACCGCACCAAGAGGAAGCUUCCGUUCAGUUUCCUGAUGAUGAAUCGCAGAACCAAGAAGAAGCUUCUCAGAUGGUUCCUACUGCGGCAUGUUUGCGUCCGAGAGAAGUGGUGGAGGGAGGGAGGAGAUGCGGAUGGGGGUGGAUGGGUGAUGAUGGGGAGGAGGAAGGGAAGGACGAGGGGAAGGAAGAAGGGAAGCAAGAGGGGAAGCAAGAGGGAAGGCAAGAGGGGAAGCAGCAGCGUCAAUGCGAUAAGGGAUCCGUCUGCAUGGCCCCAGUCCUUCCUCAUCACCAUCUGCUGCUCCUAGUGCAGUUUCAGCCCUCCCCCUACUCACCCUCCUCCUCCUCCACCUCUUCCUCCUUUUCCAGUUCCUCUCCUUCCUCCUCCACUUCCUCCACUCCCUCCUCUCUAGUGUUUGUGGGAACCAUUGAGUCCUUUGCACAGGGCCUCUCUUUCCCCGUGGCAUCCUCGCACACUCACUCUCCCUCUCACACUGCCUAA